UCGAGAGACAACUUGUGCAGAUAUCGAUGAUGGCGACGACGGAAUGCGAAUCGGCGCCAGUUGGAUUUUUCGCUUUCGUUUUGAAACCUGGAUCUUCGCUGCAUCCUGCAUUCCUUUUGGCGGUUGAUUGUUGUUUCGCCGCGUUGUUCUUCGUGCUCGUCUGGCUGGCGUAUUUGACCAAAGGCAACGUACACUUUUUCAUUCUGUUGUUCAUCGAACUUCUGCUGUGGGCUAGUGUCAAAUGGUUCGUGCAAGAACUUCGGAGGCUUUCCUCGCAAGUUACAGAGAAGAAACACCAGUAACAACUCUAUAAUAACUCUCAACGCCGUGUCCCUUGCCUCGCCCUGUCAUGACUUUCGUGCCAGCGCUUCGUGCGCUUCGAACUUUCCUGUGCCAGUGCGAACACUGGAUGCUGCUUCAGUCCAACAAAUCUGCACCGAUGCUUGGAGCUCACAUUCUCUUUCCGUCCCGUCCAGCCCCUCCCUAAAAGAUUGCGCGGCGUCUACCGCGGGCCCCGCGACACCCGACGCACCCAGUGUUGCGAAAUGCUGUGCUUGGUCAAUGACCUCUGUUAAACGACCGCGAAAGGCCUUGGACAGUGAUGUCCGAUGCUAGUCACCCCAGUUUUUUAUACAUACCUUUGUCAACACGUCAGACAUUAUAUUUGCUUGUUCAUCAUCUAAUCUGUUUGCCAAAUUCAAGUCUGUCCUUCUCGAAGCAGUCGAAUGGUACUUGCAUAUCCAUGAUCAUCUUUCCGAA